CCGGAAAAGUCUAGCUUCAUUCUGCAACUCCCUUUACGCUAACAUACUAAUCGAACAAGAACUCUUUUAUGCUGAAAGAGUUGUUGGUUCUCCUUGUGGGAUUAAAAUCUUUAGUUGCUGAAAUGAGGUCCCUCGAAGUGAUUUCAAUAAUCUAUGAGACCAGAUGCUUCAUGGGAAUUUUUUUGACUUUUCUUUAAAAGUGAACUCUUUUCAGUUAGCCACCUUAAAACAGAAUAAAGCAUCGAAUCCGGUAAAGAGCGCGUGAAAUCGUUAUUCCAAAGUUCGUGGAUUGUGGCGCCUUUUACCCACCGUUAGCCAUUAGGCAACUGUCAUACGCGCCUUAUCAUCUCUCUCUGUAAAGGUUUCUGCUUUCGUAGGUUAAUGGCAACAGCCCACAAUUUGAAACCUGCAAUUGUAGUCUCCAGCAUCCCUUUUCCCCAAUGCUCUUCAUUUACUAGUACAACUCCCCAUCUCUCUAGAUUCUUUGGUACUGACCUUUCCAAAAUUAGCCGCCCACAAAAGCUGCUGCCAUCAAUGCUGCUUCUGUCAAGGAGACGAUUGGCUCUGCCUUCAGUUUCUGGAAUGUGGGAGGCCUUGACCGGCGGUAGCUCAGCUCGUGAAGCUGUGAUGGCAAUUAGACGUGGAAUGCUUCUCUUCAGACAGGGUGAUGUGCUGGGGUCGUUGGUGGAAUUUGACAGGGCAAUUGAACUUGAUCCUCGACAGAAAGCCCAUCUUUGGCAGAGGGGACUGUCGUUAUACUACCUUGACAGGUUUGAGGAAGGUGCAGAGCAGUUUCGGUUGGAUGUUGCUCAAAACCCAAAUGAUACAGAGGAAUCAAUAUGGUGUUUCCUUUGUGAAGCUCAAUUAUAUGGAGUAGAUGAAGCAAGAAGAAGGUAUCUUGAGAUUUCAAUAUGCACUAUGCUCUCUUGGACAUGUUGCAGCCGCAGCCUGGAACUACUACGUGUAAAAUACUUUAGUCUAUUGCUUGAGGUUGGUAGAGACCCUCGUCCUGUCAUGAGAGAGGCAUACAGCAUGUUCAAGGAUGGUGGUGAUCCAGAAAAGCUUGUGGCUGCAUUUUCUGGCGGACGGGAGAAUGAGUAUUUCUAUGCUUCUCUAUAUGCUGGACUUUAUUAUGAAUCCCAGGACAAACAGGAUGAAGCAAAACGUCACAUUGUUGCUGCUUGUCAAUCUCCUUAUGGACUCAGGUCCGAUGACUACAUGGCUUCUCUUGCCAAAGUGCAUUGCCUGUGUAGAAAUUGGGGCUCCGCUUAGAAUACAACCAUGACCCGGCAAGGUUUGAUCAAUAUUUUCCUGAGUGCUUUCAACAGAUUCUGAUUCUAGGUUCCCUAUGUAUUGCUUGGCUUGAUUAGCAGGAUGCAAUCAGGAUACUAUUGGAAAUGAAUCUAAAGGAUCUCCUUAGCGUACAUCACGUAUGAUCUUCAGGCACCUCAUCAUAGAAACCUGAGCUCUGCAAUCUGUUGUUAAGAAGGGUCCAUAGACCUCAUCGUGGAAUUUUACUCGUGACUUCUUGCUGACUAUCAAAAUCUUCUGUGAGGAGGGGAUAUAAAAACCAUUGCGUAUGCUGCAUCACUCAGUUGUUGCAGAAAGUACCAUAGAUGAAGUUGUUUCACGCAAGUUCAAAGAACACCCUGUUAGGAAUUUCUGUAUUGUGUAAUAUGCCUAGUACAUGCUCUAUCAGUUGGUGGUUAACUAGCUCAAUUCUGCAUAUCUAGUGGCUUCAUACACGCAGACGUGUGAAUGUAUCAUGUAAAUAUUUUGAUUUCGAUAAAUAUCAUGCAUUACAAUUUUGCACCUUUCGGAAA